AUGGUGCAGAAGGGACAACUCAGUGACGAUGAGAAGUUCCUCUUUGUGGACAAAAACUUCAUCAACAGCCCAGUGGCCCAGGCUGACUGGGCCGCCAAGAGACUCGUCUGGGUCCCCUCGGAGAAGCAGGGCUUUGAGGCAGCCAGCAUUAAGGAGGAGAAGGGGGAUGAGGUGGUUGUGGAGCUGGUGGAGAAUGGCAAGAAGGUCAUGGUUGGGAAAGAUGACAUCCAGAAGAUGAACCCACCCAAGUUCUCCAAGGUGGAGGACAUGGCAGAGCUGACGUGCCUCAACAAAGCCUCCGUGCUACACAAUCUGAGGGAGCGGUACUUCUCAGGGCUAAUAUAUACGUACUCUGGCCUCUUCUGCGUGGUGGUCAACCCCUAUAAACACCUGCCCAUCUACUCGGAGAAGAUCGUUGACAUGUACAAGGGCAAGAAGAGGCACGAGAUGCCGCCUCACAUCUACGCCAUCGCAGACACGGCCUACCAGAGCAUGCUUCAAGAUCAGGAGGACCAGUCCAUUCUAUGCACAUAAGUGGAACUGCUUUUUAUUCUAGGCGAGUCUGGAGAGGGGAAAACCGAAAACACCAAGAAGGUCAUUCAGUACCUGGCCGUGGUGGCCUCCUCCCACAAGGGCAAGAAAGACACAAGUAUCACGGGAGAGCUGGAAAAGCAGCUUCUACAAGCAAACCCGAUUCUGGAGGCUUUCGGCAACACCAAAACAGUCAAGAACGACAACUCCUGACGAUUCGGCAAAUUCAUCCGCAUCAACUUUGACGUCACGGGUUACAUUGUGGGAGCCAACAUUGAGACCUAUCUGCUAGAAAAAUCACGGGCAAUUCGCCAAGCCAGAGAUGAGAGGACAUUCCACAUCUUUUACUACAUGAUUGCUGCAGCCAAGGAAAAGAUGAGAAGUGACUUGCUUUUGGAGGGCUUCAACAACUACACCUUCCUCUCCAAUGGCUUCGUGCCCAUCCCAGCAGCCCAGGAUGAUGAGAUGUUCCAGGAAACCGUGGAGGCCAUGGUGAUCAUGGGUUUCAGCAAGGAGGAACAGCUAUCCAUAUUGAAGGUGGUAUCAUCGGUCCUGCAGCUUGGAAAUAUCGUCUUCAAGAAGGAAAGAAACACAGACCAGGUAUCCAUGCCAGAUAACACAGCUGCUCAGAAAGUUUGUCACCUCAUGGGAAUUAAUGUGACAGAUUUCACCAGAUCCAUCCUCACUCCUCGUAUCAAGGUUGGGCGAGAUGUGGUACAGAAAGCCCAGACAAAAGAACAGGCUGACUUUGCUGUAGAGGCUUUGGCCAAGGCAACAUAUGAGCGCCUUUUCCGCUGGAUACUCACCCGUGUGAACAAAGCCCUGGACAAGACCCAUCGGCAAGGGGCUUCCUUCCUGGGGAUCCUGGAUAUAGCUGGAUUUGAGAUCUUUGAGGUGAACUCUUUUGAGCAGCUGUGCAUCAACUACACCAACGAGAAGCUGCAGCAGCUCUUCAACCACACCAUGUUCAUCCUGGAGCAGGAGGAGUACCAGCACGAGGGCAUCGAGUGGAACUUCAUCGACUUUGGUCUGGACCUACAGCCCUGCAUCGAGCGGCCGAACAACCCUCGAGGUGUGCUGGCCCUGCUGGACGAGGAGUGCUGGUUCCCCAAAGCCACGGACAAGUCUUUCGUGGAGAAGCUGUGCACGGAGCAGGGCAGCCACCCCAAGUUCCAGAAGCCAAAGCAGCUCAAGGACAAGACUGAGUUCUCCAUCAUCCAUUAUGCCGGGAAGGUGGACUACAAUGCGAGUGCCUGGCUGACCAAGAACAUGGACCCACUGAAUGACAACGUGACUUCCCUGCUCAAUGCCUCCUCUGACAAGUUUGUGGCUGACCUGUGGAAGGACAUGGACCGCAUCGUGGGCCUGGACCAGAUGGCCAAGAUGACGGAGAGCUCACUGCCCAGCGCCUCCAAGACCAAGAAGGGCAUGUUCCGCACAGUAGGGCAGCUGUACAAGGAGCAGCUGGGCAAGCUGAUGACCACGCUGCGCAACACCACGCCCAACUUCGUGUGCUGCAUCAUCCCCAACCACGAGAAGAGGUCCGGCAAGCUGGAUGCGUUCCUGGUGCUGGAGCAGCUGCGGUGCAAUGGGGUGCUGGAAGGCAUUCGCAUCUGCUGGCAGGGCUUCCCCAACCAGAUCGUCUUCCAGGAGUUCCGCCAACGCUACGAGAUCCUGGCGGCAAAUGCCAUCCCCAAAGGCUUCAUGGACGGGAAGCAGGCCUGCAUUCUCAUGAUCAAAGCCCUGGAACUUGACCCCAACUUAUACAGGAUAGGGCAGAGCAAAAUCUUCCGAACUGGGGUCCUGGCCCACCUGGAAGAGGAACGUGAUUUGAAGAUCUCCGAUGUCAUCAUGGCCUUCCAGGCGAUGUGUCGUGGCUACUUGGCCAGAAAGGCUUUUGCCAAGAGGCAGCAGCAGCUGACCGCCAUGAAGGUGAUUCAGAGGAACUGUGCCGCCUACCUCAAGCUGCGGAACUGGCAGUGGUGGAGGCUUUUCACCAAAGUGAAGCCACUGCUGCAGGUGACACGGCAGGAGGAGGAGAUGCAGGCCAAGGAGGAUGAACUGCAGAAGACCAAACAGCGGCAGCAGAAGGCAGAGAAUGAGCUUAAGCUGCUGGAGCAGAAGCACUCGCAGCUGACCGAGGAGAAGAACCUGCUACAGGAACAGCUGCAGGCAGAGACAGAGCUGUAUGCAGAGGCUGAGGAGAUGCGGGUGCGGCUGGCGGCCAAAAAGCAGGAGCUGGAGGAGAUACUGCAAGAGAUGGAGGCCCGCCUGGAGGAGGAGGAAGACAGGGGCCAGCAGCUACAGGCUGAAAGGAAGAAGAUGGCCCAGCAGAUGCUGGACCUUGAAGAACAGCUGGAGGAGGAGGAAGCUGCCAGGCAGAAGCUGCAACUUGAGAAGGUCACGGCUGAGGCCAAGAUCAAGAAACUGGAGGAUGAGAUCCUAGUCAUGGAUGAUCAGAACAAUAAACUGUCAAAAGAACGAAAACUCCUUCAGGAGAGGAUCAGUGACUUAACGACAAAUCUUGCAGAAGAGGAAGAAAAGGCCAAGAAUCUUACCAAGCUGAAAAACAAGCAUGAAUCUAUGAUUUCAGAACUGGAAGUGCGGCUAAAGAAGGAAGAGAAGAGCCGGCAGGAGCUGGAGAAGCUGAAACGGAAGCUGGAGGGUGAUGCCAGUGACUUCCACGAGCAGAUCGCUGACCUCCAGGUGCAGAUCGCAGAGCUCAAGAUGCAGCUGGCGAAGAAGGAGGAGGAGCUGCAGGCAGCCCUGGCCAGGCUUGACGAUGAAAUCGCUCAGAAGAACAAUGCCCUGAAGAAGAUCCGGGAGUUGGAGGGCCACAUCUCAGACCUCCAGGAGGACCUGGACUCAGAGCGGGCCGCCAGGAACAAGGCUGAAAAGCAGAAGCGAGACCUAGGCGAGGAGCUGGAGGCCCUAAAGACAGAGCUGGAAGACACGCUGGACAGCACAGCCACUCAGCAGGAGCUCAGAGCCAAGAGGGAGCAGGAGGUGACAGUGCUGAAGAAGGCCCUGGAUGAAGAGACGUGGUCCCAUGAGGCCCAGGGCCAGGAGAUGAGGCAGAAACAUGCACAGGCAGUGGAGGAGCUCACAGAGCAGCUUGAGCAGUUCAAGAGGGUGGCCCUGUGCACAUUUGCCGUCUACGUGACCAUUGACAAGAACAACAUCCUGGAUGCCCAGACAGCCUUCGUGUCUUUGGCCUUGUUCAACAUCCUCCGGUUUCCCCUGAACAUUCUCCCCAUGGUCAUCAGCAGCAUCGUGCAGGCGAGUGUCUCCCUCAAACGCCUGAGGAUCUUUCUCUCCCAUGAGGAACUGGAACCUGACAGCAUCGAGCGACGGCCUGUCAAAGACGGCGGGGGCACGAACAGCAUCACCGUGAGGAAUGUCACAUUCACCUGGGCCAGGAGCGACCCUCCCACACUGAAUGACAUCACCCUCUCCAUCCCAGAAGGUGCCUUAGUGGCCGUGGUGGGCCAGGUGGGCUGCGGAAAGUCGUCCCUGCUCUCAGCCCUCUUGGCCGAGAUGGACAAAGUGGAGGGGGCUCCGUGGCCUAUGUGCCACAGCAGGCCUGGAUUCAGAAUGAUUCUCUCUGAGAAAACAUCCUUUUUGGAUGUCAGCUGGAGGAACCGUAUUACAGGUCCGUGAUACAGGCCUGUGCCCUCCUCCCAGACCUGGAAAUCCUGCCCAGCGGGGAUCGGACAGAGAUUGGCGAGAAGGGCGUGAACCUGUCUGGGGGCCAGAAGCAGCGCGUGAGCCUGGCCCGGGCCAUGUACUCCAAUGCUGACAUUUACCUCUUCGAUGAUCCCCUCUCAGCAGUGGAUGCCCACGUGGGAAAACACAUCUUUGAAAAUGUGAUUGGCCCCAAGGGGAUGCUGAAGAACAAGACGCGGAUCUUGGUCAUGCACAGCAUGAGCUACUUGCCGCAGGUGGACGUCAUCAUUGUCAUGAGUGGCGGCAAGAUCUCUGAGAUGGGCUCCUACCAGGAGCUGCUGGCCCGAGACGGCGCCUUCGCUGAGUUCCU